AUGGCGUUACCGCCCCCCAUCACUGGUCAUGGCUAUGACUUUGGCUACUUAAUAAAAAUUCUGACAAAUUCAAACUUACCCGAGGUAGAACUAGACUUUUUUGAAAUCCUGCGUCUCUUUUUCCCUGUGAUAUAUGAUGUCAAAUACCUGAUGAAAAGCUGCAAAAAUCUCAAGGGUGGAUUGCAGGAAGUGGCGGAGCAGCUGGAACUCGAGCGGAUUGGUUCUCAGCAUCAGGCAGGCUCUGACUCCUUACUAACAGGGAUGGCCUUCUUCAAAAUGAGAGAAAUGUUCUUCGAGGAUCACAUAGACGAUGCAAAAUACUGUUGCCGUUUGUAUGGUUUGGGAUCGGGAUCUUCUUACGUACAGAAUGGUACAGGAAACGCAUAUGAAGAGGAAGCCAAUAAACAAUCGUGAGACCGACACAAACUGCACUUUUCAUUGGCAAGCUAAGGAAAUGUUUUAUCUCUGGUGAUAUUCCUCAGACACUGAACCCCCCAGUCUCCCGCACACAGGUUUUCUGCCUUUAUUUUUCUACCAAUGUGGAACCACUUGUCUUUGGUAACUCCUAUUUGCCUUACCUAAAUAUCAGCUGGCAUCACAUCACAGUAAUGCUUCAUCACAUGGUGAAAGAUGUUUUUGCCUUAUUUACUUGCCUUGUCAUCCUCAUGCUUCCAAAGUGGAAUCUAUCAGCUAUACACAACCAUUGUGCUCAGAUGAUAAGCACUUUAUCUCCUUUCAUUCUGGCCUUGAGUUUUGAAUGCAGGAAAGACUAUAUAUCAAUAUAUGCAUCAGUUUCAGCAUCUGUACAUUGUUGUACCUAUUCACUGAUAACCACUGAGCAACCUGUAUGAGGCAUUGCUAGGGUCAUGCAGCGGGUCGGGUUACGUGCAAAAACCUGUGGUACCCUGCGGGUUGCAGGUAGAAGUUUUGGGAGCGGGUAUAGACGCGGGUCGGCUG